AUGGCGCUGCAUCCAGUUGUGGUAGGUUGCAGCAAUGGGAAUUUUAUCCUGAAAGAGCAAGUUGGCUCCUAUGACUGGGAAUUGCUGGAUGUGGCUCCCGAAGCUCACUGUGAAGGGGAUACCUGGGUCAUCAUUCUCUUCUUUCACAUCUACACCUCAGUUGUUCUCCCCAGGCUCUACCUUGGGCUGGAGUCCAGCUGCACCCUGUGCCCACCUGGUUAUCACUGCAGCUCAGCGGGCCUCACGUCCCCCUCAGGACCCUGCUCAGCAGGUUUCUACUGUCUGUCCGGAGCCUCCUCCCCAUCACCAGCAGGCAUCAGGCAGAAAGGAGGCCCUUGCCCUUUGAGCCACUUCUGUCCAGAAGGGACCAGCUUUCCAUUUCCCUGCCUGGCAGGAACAUACAACAACCUCACCCAACAAGCUGCAUGUUUCCCUUGUGCUGCUGGUUACUACUGCCCUGAAAACACCACCAGCUACAGCGUAUACCCCUGCCCACCUGGCUUCUACUGCCCCACAGGUACCAAGUUUGCCACCGAGUUCCCCUGCCCUCGGGGUUACUACAACCCUGACCCCAUGACCCAGAGCUUGGAUAGCUGCUUGCCCUGCCCUCCCGGGCACUACUGCAGGAAGGAGAACUUAACGGCUGUAUCGGGGAAGUGUGAUGCGGGUUGGUUUUGUGUAUCGGCCGCCUGGACCUCCCAGCCCUUCGACGUGGAUAACUACACCAACUCCAACUGCCUCUGCCCAGCCACUGCCACUGGAGGGAAGUGCAUGGCUGGUUUCUACUGCCCAGAGGGCAGCCCCGAACCCAUUCCCUGCCCUCCUGGGUUGUACUGCAGUGCCUCAGGUCUGUCUGUCCCCAGUGGAGAAUGUGCUGCUGGGUUUUAUUGCACAGGAGGAGCAGCCUCUCCUAAACCAACUGAUGGCGUCACCGGGAAUAUCUGCCCCCCAGGGACCUACUGCAUUCCUGGCUCAGCGAUGCCAAUGCUUUGCCCAGCUGGCACUUUUUGCGGCCUCCAGGGGCAGAGUAUGGUGUCUGAGUGCCAGCCUUGCCUCUCUGGAUUCUACUGUGCGGUGUCUGGACUCAGUGCUCCCAGCGGACAGUGCUGGGAAGGCUAUUACUGUGACAGCAGCCAAGGGCCCAUCAGCAACGUCACCCUUUACCCAUGUCCACAAGGCUUCUACUGCCCACCAGGCACACAGAAGGCCACUCAGCAUAGCUGCCCGCCAGGUACCUUUGGACCGAGGCAGAGACUGAAGAGUAUGGACGAAUGUCAAGGAUGCCCACCAGGAAAAUACUGCGCGUUACCUGGACUUGCAGCCCCAACAGGGGACUGUUCUGAAGGAUUCUGGUGCAAAGGUGGUGCCCAAGUCAAAGACCCAGUCGAUGGAGAGUCAGGGCUCCCCUGUCCUCCGGGGCGUUACUGUCUAGCAGGAACACCCAUUCCACUUCUUUGCCCUCAUGGUACUUGGUCCAGCAGCAAAGGCAACAAGAAUCUGCAGGACUGCCAGCCAUGUUCUGGGGGUCAUUACUGCAAUGGCACUGGGCUAGUAGCCCCAUCAGGAUACUGCAGCCCUGGGUUUUAUUGCAUCUCUGGGGCUCAAACCCCAACACCCACCGAUGCCUUCUCGGGAGCCCCGUGCCCUGUGGGACACUACUGUCCCCUAGGAACCGAGAGUCCCAUCCCAUGCCCGCCUGGUUCCUACAUGCCCCAGACCCAUGGCAAAGAGUGCUACGAGUGUCCAGAGGGGAAGUACUGUGUCCCUGGUCAGGAGCCUCAGUCAUGCCCCAAAGGCUACUACUGCCCGAGAGGAACAGGUCUAGACUGGUGGCCUUGUCCCCGAGGGACUUACAGCCCUGAGCAAGGCCUGGAGAGCAGCGCUGGCUGCAGACUGUGCGAUGGAGGGAAGUUCUGCUCUCACCGUAACGCGACAAACGUGGCUGGAGAGUGCUGGGAGGGUUUCUACUGCACCAAGGGGUCAGACCGGCCCAACCCACAUACCAGGUUCCAAGGUCAGGCUGGCCCCUGCCCUCCAGGCCACUACUGUCCUAGGGGCACUGCUGUCCCUGAGCCGUGUCCUGUGGGAACCUUCAGCACAAGGAUUAAGCUGAGCUCAGAGGCGCAUUGCUCACCGUGUCUUCCUGGACAUUACUGCAACUCCACCGGGCUCCUGGUCCCUACAGGGCAAUGUGCCGAGGGAUUCUACUGCACCCUGGGGUCCACCCUUCCCGCCGUGCCAGCCAUGGACAAGACUGGAGGCCCCUGUCCCACAGGAUAUUUUUGCCCUAGGGGCACAGCUACACCCCUGCCUUGCCCAGCAGGGUCAUAUAAUCCUUCAGAAAGGCAAGCCAGCUGCCUCCCCUGCACUAAAGGGUUCUUUUGUCUGAAGAAUUCUUCUUCCCUCGAGAGGAAUGAAUGUCCAGCUGGUCAUUUUUGCCCCCUGGGUACUGCUUCUGCAACUCAGUUCCCAUGCCCCCGAGGGACCUAUAACCCACAGACUGGAAGCAGCCACAUAUCUCACUGCAUCCCUUGUGAUCCAGGUAGAAACAGCGCAUUGGCAUCAUGGGAACACUGUGUGCAAAUGACUUUCAAAUAUUCCUAA